UACAAAACAGUUAUCUGUCAAUGUUCAAUGUCUAACUUUCUUGAUGAAGCUCGUUAUCAAAACCAAUGUAAUACGUCGGAGGUAUUCAAGAAGAUAAGUCAAAAUGACUUAAAUAGAAAUGAAUACGAUGACGAUAAAAAUGUAAUACAAAGAAAAACGAGUAAGGAAAUGACAAGAGUUGUGGUACAAUGUAGUGAACAAACAAAUGAAAUACAAGAUCGCAACUCACAACUAUAUCGAAAAAAUAGAAAUGUUACUUGCGAGUGUUACUUAGAUAGUAGAGAUAUUAAAAAUACGUUAAAUCAAUAUAAAGUAGCUACGAAAGUUCAAACAAAAAUCAAUAACUCUCAGUGUUCUAAGAGUAAUAUUCAAACACAUAACGAUCGUCAACAAUUUGAAAGCACAGAACAGCAAAUAUGCAGAAAGACUACACAAGAAAACUUCCAUCAAACAUGUUGCCCCUGCCCCAAACCUCUGGAGCCACGGUUACAACAAGCACCACAAAUUAGACGUUCAUCUAUAAACUUUAACGGAAAGAAGACUUUAAAAUACAAAGAACCGUUCAAUUUACAAGAAUUACCGGUACAUGGUGUCCAGACAUCGGAUCAUUCAAUACGAUUUCCGGAAGAUACAUUUCUUCUAAAGAUCGUGUAAAAAAAUAUUUAACUAC